AUAAAGCAACGAAGCAGUCAUUAUAGCUUUUUUUUCCUCUUCAACUCCACGGCGCAGAUCCGAGGAGUUUUUGGUCUUGUCUCUUUUCAAUCUUUCUUCUCUCUCGAUCUCUUUUUCAAUCUCUCUUCAGUUUGUUAAUAGCAGUCAUGGCAGGAAUGGCAUCUGAAGGAACCCAGUAUGAUCCUCGUCAGUUCGAUACUAAGAUGAAUGCGUUACUCGGCGAGGAAGGAGAGGAAACAUUCUACACGACCUAUGACGAAGUCUGCGAUAGCUUUGAUGCAAUGGAAUUGAAGUCGGAUCUUCUGAGGGGCAUUUAUGCUUACGGUUUUGAGAAGCCUUCAGCUAUUCAGCAGAGAGGGAUUAUUCCAUUCUGCAAGGGUCUUGAUGUGAUCCAGCAAGCUCAAUCUGGAACUGGAAAAACCGCCACUUUUUGCUCUGGCGUCUUGCAGCAGCUUGAUAUCGCUUAUGUUCAGUGCCAAGCUCUUGUUUUGGCCCCUACCAGAGAACUCGCCCAGCAAAUCGAAAAGGUUAUGAGGGCACUUGGUGACUAUCUCGGUGUCAAGGUUCACGCUUGUGUUGGCGGAACAAGUGUGCGUGAGGAUCAACGUAUUCUUCAGUCAGGUGUCCAUGUCGUUGUUGGAACCCCUGGUCGUGUCUUUGACAUGCUACGCAGACAAUCCCUUCGCGCUGAUGCCAUCAAAAUGUUUGUUCUUGAUGAGGCUGAUGAGAUGCUCUCUCGUGGUUUCAAGGAUCAGAUAUACGACAUCUUCCAGCUUCUUCCUUCCAAGGUUCAGGUCGGUGUUUUCUCUGCCACAAUGCCACCGGAAGCCCUUGAGAUCACAAGGAAGUUCAUGAACAAACCCGUCAGGAUUCUGGUCAAGCGUGACGAGCUGACUCUUGAAGGUAUCAAGCAGUUUUACGUCAAUGUUGAUAAAGAAGAGUGGAAGCUCGAGACACUCUGCGAUCUCUACGAGACACUCGCUAUCACGCAGAGCGUCAUCUUUGUGAACACGAGGCGUAAGGUUGAUUGGCUAACUGACAAAAUGAGAAGCCGUGACCACACGGUCUCUGCCACACACGGAGACAUGGACCAGAACACAAGAGACAUCAUCAUGCGUGAGUUCCGGUCUGGAUCUUCCCGUGUCCUCAUAACCACUGACCUUCUUGCACGUGGUAUCGAUGUUCAGCAAGUGUCUCUGGUCAUUAACUUUGACCUCCCAACACAGCCGGAGAAUUACCUUCACCGUAUCGGAAGAAGUGGAAGGUUUGGGAGGAAAGGAGUGGCGAUCAACUUCAUGACAACGGAUGAUGAAAGAAUGUUGUCUGAUAUUCAGAAGUUUUACAAUGUCGUCGUUGAGGAGUUGCCAAGCAAUGUUGCUGAUCUUCUCUGAGUUCUUUUUUUAUAUCUCUCUCUCUCUACUGUUUGCGGCGGCCUGGUAAUUUCUAUGUUUUUACCGAAAAACUGCUGAUUUUGCCUUCCUUUUUUUGCAGUUUUCCUAUGUUUUUUCUCUUUGUUUCCAGCUUACUUAUUAGAGUUAUUUAUAGUUUUUUGGCAAAAUGAGAAAAGAACUCAUGACAAUGGUUUUGUUUUUUGGCACUCAAGAAUUUCGGCUUUAUUUUAUAACUAUCUUGUUAACGUGAGUCACAAGGAUAGUCUGUAAUCGAAGGUUUUUUAAUUUUACAGAGGGUGUGAGU